AUGAAAGAUCCCAGCUCAUGCUAUGAGACCUGGACUAUCGAACAAACUCCUGUGAUAUCAGCACUGGUGAAACUCAUACCACUGGUCACGGACUACAUUCAGCACUAUGUGAAACUCAUCCAAACCACUCUAAUGAAAGGGCCUGUGCUCCCGACACAAUCUUUGAAUGCCAGCUACAUCUCUUCCUCCAGCAUGGAAACCCUGCAGAGCUUUUCAAGUAGCAUGGAGUCCACUCCAAAAUCUCUCAGCAGCUACAUGCAGUUUUUGUACGAGGGCAAGGCCUAUGCAAGGAGUAUGGAGAUGUUUGCAGAUUCCGCCUUGCGUAUUGUCUCACUGCUGGUCCAGCUUUGCCCAGAGGUUGGCCAGAUUAUUGUCAGAAAAAGUUUCUUUAGGCCUGUUGUUGGCACAAGUGUCAACACGACUAGCUGUUCUUCCAACGGUGAAAUGGAUGCUGACCUACCAGCAAAGGUUAGCAUUUAAAAAAACUAGAUUUAUGAGAGUAUGUUUGUUAAAGUUUGAUAAUCUCGAUGCAAUGAAUUUUAUUUUUUAUUUAUUUUUUUCUUUAUUGCAAUUGAAAAUAAAUUUUUCUAUUUCCUUUGUUUUAUUGAAAUGUUGAAAAUCACAUUAGCAAGUUAACAGGUUAGCAAGCAUGGAAACGUUUCGCCAUGUUUUAUAUGAGUAGAUUACAGAGCAAGGUGUUCACAAUAAUUUUAAUCUUGAUCAGCCAGUGACAGUCCAAUAAGUACUGUCUAGUUUAAGAUGUCUGUUUCAUUCCCUUCAUCAUUAAUUUUCUUCUUUAUUUAUAUUUAAAUCUUGGUUCCUCCUUUAAAUCAAAUAUUACAUCUUAAAAUAUAGCCAGGCAAGAUUUUUUUCUUCUCAGAUUGGAUGAGAAUUAAAACAACAUAGAUGACAAUGUUGUUGUUAAUUGCUUAUGAAUUAUUAUGAGCUGUUUUGUAAGGAAGAACUCUUUAAAAUAAUCUCAUUUUCCCCAAAAGUAGUCAAAUUAAAGCAAACGUCAGAUAUUAAAACUGAAGUGCCUUGAACUUAUUUUUCAUGUUUUCAAUAAUUUUUUUUAACAAAAUGUUUACGCUUUUACUUUUGACCACCCAGGAGUAUAGAGUAAAAAAUUAAUUUGUCAAUGUUUUAUUUAGGCCUCGUCAUCUGGGGCAGAUGGUGAUGAUGAACACAGUUCGGCUUCUGAGAUCAGGGUUAUUGUUAAUGGUCGUAGUCCACUUGUGUCCAUACCAAGGCUGGUGUCUGGCUCCAGUCUACUGCAUCUGGUCAUCAGACUUGCUGCACAAGAUGUAGAGGUAGGUCAAAUGUAUCUUUAUGAUCUCAAGGAUGUAAUAAUGCCUCAAGUCAUAUCUUUUAUGAGGCAGAUGUUGCAUUGUUCAGGCACUGUCAGUUAGAUUAUGCUCUGAAAACUCAAUGGUCUAAAUAAAAUGUUUAUUAACUACAGUGCUGAUGAAAUCUGUCUUAAAUAUAUUACUUAUCCAACCAUGCUGGUAUUGCUGAUACAAGUGUUAAGUUAUGCCACAAUGACUGGGAAUACCACUACAUGUAUUAAUUAUUUUCAGUGUAUCUUGAGAGUUUGGCAACUCCAUUCAAUAAAAAGUUCACUGGACCAAACAUAGUCUUUCUGCCGUUUCAGUCAUCUGGCAGCUGUAAUAUAUUUACUUUCCCAUUUAUAUAGCCUUAAACCUGUCUUAGACACGGCUGCCCAUUAACGUAUCAGUGCAUGGUGAGGGAGGCUCCCCACAGGUUCUCUCCCCAACUUAAUUAGCCCUCCCCUAAAGACCCUACUCUAAUGAUAAAUUGCAUUAAGUAAUCCAGUAUGAUCUGAGGAGAAACUUUAUCCCAUCUUCAAUAUAUAUUUUAAAAGAAUAUGAAGCAUCAGGUAUGAUAACACUUAUUUGAAACAAAACAACAAAAGUGUUGGCUAAAAGCCUUCAUGGACAUUUUGUUAGAAAGGGAAAAGGUAAAGCUAUUCAGGGAUCUUUUUUGUUUUCUUAAACAGAAUACCCAGUCAAGUCCAGCUAUAAUUAACCAAGCGCUCCUCACAUUAAAAGAUCUGGUUCAGUGUUGUACUUUUCAGCAAAUGUCAAAGUAAGCUUCGUAGUUAAAAAUAAUAAAAUAUGUAUACAAAUAAAUCUUAUCAUAAUCGUGUUCAUUAAAAAUAGGUAUUUCUUUGAUAAAUUAUUACCCCAACAAUUUUUUUUAUGUUAUCCAAUAUAUGAUUUUUGAAGUUUAAUUUAAAAAAAAAAAAAUGAAAAAUUGAAAGUAUUUUUUUUUCUAGUGUUACAUAAGUAGCUCUAUGUGGAUCAUAUUUGUAUUACACUAAAUGUAUUGGAAAUCUUAAAACAAUUUUGUUUUCAGAUUCUUUAGAGAGCAAUUCAAAUUAUAAAAAAAUUUAAGUAUGUUAUUUUAAAAAGAAAAUAUAACUUUAAGUUCUAAGAAUCUAAUAUUGAAUCUUAAGUUCAUUUCUUGAACCCUCGAACUGUGGCAUGCAUCAUUCUGUGGUGUGGGAGCUUUUCAGAGCUUUUUGAGUGCCUUUUGAAAUUGCAAACUGGGACCACAGCUAAAACCAAGUAUAAAACACAAAAUCUCAGGCAAAAAAAAAAAGUUAUUAUUGACUAGUAAAGAUUUAAAAAGGAACCGUGGAACUGAUUUGGGUUGUUUACCUAUAAAAUUUAUUAGUUCUGAUCUAUAGGCCUAAUCUGUAGCUUCUGUGACUAAAAUUCAGUCAGUCCUUGUCCAACCUGGCUUUAAGUCUAACAAUAGGCCUACUUCAGUAUCACUAAGACUAGAAAAAGAUUAACAAGAAGAAGAAUCUCAACUGAUAUCAUCAUGGGGAAUGUUAAAAUCAUCAUCAGUAUCACUUGAAUCCUCUCCUAAAAAGCUUUCAAAAAUAAUUAUAUUAGUUCUUGCGCUGAAGGCCCAGCUAUGGCUUCAACCAUUUUAGCUUUUAAAAAAACAGCAAUAUAAAACUCCACUUAAAAAUAUUUAUUGUUACGUUAUCAAAAAACAGCUUGAACCGGAAGAUGAUUUAUUUAUUAAUAAAAGGAAGUGGCUAUAAUUCUGGUUAAAUAUUGGAUUGGAAGUUGCUAUUGGACCGUGUUUUUAGUUGACCUAUUUUUUCGGCUACCACCACACAGAACGAGAUCAGAACAGAUCGGCCAGUUCAAGUGAUAAAAUAUGAUUUUGAUUUCAACUGAAUUUUAGAUUAAACCAUUUUUUUUAUAUAUAUUAAAAGUUACAUUCUUGAAACAUCACUCCUGUUAUCUUGGUUAUCCUGCACUCCCUUAGCCCCAGUGUAUUGUGUGAUUUAAACUUAAGUUUGUUCUAAUGUCAAGGCUAAUUAUGAAAUCAAAUUUUUAAAAAUUUUAUUUCCAUAAUUAAAUCUAGUAGCUUAUUUGUUUGGACAGAUAUCAGACGUACCUAUACAAUAUGUACAUUCAUUACCUACAUGUCAAUGCUUACAUAUGGUUUUUUUAAAUAUAGUUUUGCAAAACUACAAGCUUGCCAUAAUUACAUCAAUAAUUUAUUCUCAGUCUCCUAUCCUCAGGUUUGAGAUAAUCAUCACCCAGGGUCUUCUCACCACCUGCUUGAAGCAGACCAAGCAUUCGUCCAUCCAUUUCUCUGCCUUAAGUCUCCUUACUUCACUGGCAAAGUGUGAGAAGCUACUUGCCAAAUUUUGUACAGAAACUGGUGAGUUAAACAUUUUUUUUUCUUCUUGAAAGAAAAGAAAAACAAGUUUUGAAGGAUUAUAUAUUUUAAUGCCUCGGACCAAAUUGUUAUGAGUGGGUUGUGUUUAAAAACAAAAAGAAAUAUAUGAUGGAUAUUAAUAUUCAUGAACUUAGUGAAGAAACUACACUCAUCCUAUCUUUUAUGAUGUGCUUGUACAUUGCUAAAAUUUAAUUGUCAUGAAACCCUGAAUUUAUCAAACAGAAUUUUACAGCAUGUUGCUAGAAAUUAGGCAGACUGAAUUUUGGGGAAGGUACAUUUUCGCUCCUGUUUCAUAAAUGCCAUGAGGCUGUGAAAAAUUUUCACCAAGAGACACACCACCAAAAAAAUAUUUUUAUGCUUAUAAAGUGAUGUGAAUUGAAUUUAGAUUUGUCUGCCAUUAUUCUUAUUACCGGUAUUAAUGUAACAAGGAGAAAAUUGCUUUAGAUUUGUUGUAGUACAUAGCAUAGGAGAUAAUCUAAUUCACGCCCCUAGGCUAGGGCCAGGAAUGAACCUUGCUGUUCCUUCAUUGUCCAAAGCAUUUUCAAAACACAAGCAUAAUCCCUUACACUAUCAUUCACCUUAUCCCAAAGUUUCUUAGAAUUGUUAGAUUCUCCCUUUAGAAACACUUCCAUGUUUGAUUUGAUUAACUUCUGGUCUAAGUCUGCUAAGCCAAGUUGUUGAUUUUGUUCUCUGUUGUCUUUAUUGCUUUUGCUGAUGAAGGCUUUCCACCCGAAAUGUUCUUUUGUCAUUAUUCAGGCUUUCACAUAGCAUGUCCUUACUAUUUAAUUCACACGGCUUGACCGCAGUCUCCACUAUAUUAGCCAGCUCAAAGACGUGAAGAAACCGAUGACCUAUGAACUGAAGAGAGACACUUAAUUCUGGACGUCUUAUUGACAGUUUAAUCAUACAAACAAAAGAAAAGAAUAACACUAUAUUUUUCUCAAGCAAAAAUCAGUUCUUUAUACUUGUGUUUCAAUGGCCAACAGUAUUCAUGGACACUGUCAUAAAUUUAUCAACCCUCAUUUUACUUUAGAAACUUAUGCUUGUCUGGAUUUAAUGGGGGAUUUAUAAUUUUUUUCUUUGAGUCCACCAGUGAGCUACUUUAUUUGAAAUUUCUGUACUUCAAAGUGUUGUUACCAAUACAAGCAAAAAAACUUUAACUAAGGUUGCCAUGAGAUGAUCCAACCAUUGUUUGAUCCUCAGAUAGCUGUCCCUUGUACCUCAUGCAUAGAAUCUGCUCAACAAAGGGAAAAGGUUUCACGCCCACAGAAAUGAUGGGCUAUUAUCAACAGGUGAGCAUGGACUUUAAUAGGGCUUGUUAAAUAAGUUUUACCUUUUUUAUCAUAAUUAUGGGAUCACAGUGGGAACAACAAGAUCUGUCAAAGUUAUCAAACAUAUUAAAACAAAUCAUACAAUAACUCAAAUACAAUCACGCGUUUCCAAUGUAUUUUAACCAGCAUUCAACAGCAUAUUUAUGAUCUCAAAAUUAAAUAAUGCGCUACAAAUUUUUCAAGAAUGUGUGAAAUGGUAACCGAAAAUAUUUACAGUUUGAUUCUUUUCUUGGGGCGCUGCGGUAAAUUAAAAAAAAAAAGAAAUUAAAUGAUCAAAUACUAAAAAUUUGAUUUUCUGUUAAUGAAAUUAUUUAAAUUGUACCGUACCUAUGUUAAAACAUCACAUUAUUAAAGAUUGUACUUAAUGUUAAAACAUCAGAUUAUUAUAAUAAAACACUGUACCUAAUGUUAAAAUCUCACAUUAUUAAACACUGUACCUAAUUUCAAAACAUCACAUUAUUAAACACUGUACCUAAUUUUAAAACAUAACAUUAUUAAACAUUGUAACUAAUGUUUAGGAUAAAAUUACAAAUCAGCCCUACUUUUAAUAACUAUAAAAUGAAAUGUUAUUAGUCAUCAUAUUUGUUCAUUGUUUCAGUACAUUGUGUGUAUUUCAAGCAUCUUAGCUGACCACAGGUCGGGGCUCAAACUGCUGCUGACAAACAAAUGCCUUUGUACUGAUGAGGUAACACUGGAUAUGAAUCAAAUAUUUUUUAAUGUAAUGUAGAAUGAUUUUCACACUAAGUAGUGAACCCCUAUUUAAUUUAUAGGAUCAUAAAUGAAGGACUGCCUUCUAGCUGUCUGAAGGACAUAGUGGAACAAGGUAUGACGAAAGCUUGAAAUAUAAAGACAGGACAAUAAAAGUAGAACGUUUCGCCUAAGAAUCUACCUUAGCAGAAAUGAGGAAUUAAUAAACAAUAAGAAUUAGAAAGAACUUAACUUCUGGCAAAAACAUUAAUGGCGAACACUAAGUUUUUGCAAUACUUUCUAUUUUUUUUUAUAGUUCCUUAAUUUGUUUGCUGACAAUUGUUCAUUGAUGAGUUUGGAACACAUUAUGAUUACGGGCUUGAAUAUUUUUUAGAGACAUGCACAUGCUGUAUCUAACUUUGGAAAAUCACAUUAACAUGCUUUGCAAGGGGAUUUUUCUAGAGCUUUGCAGAAUUAGUCAUAUCAAACCUUUUUUAACGUUUCAUGCAUCAAAGAGGCUGGUGUCCGCAUUCGUGCUAUCGUGCAUGGACUACUGCAAUGCUCUCAUGUAGGGUCUUCAAGCUAUGCACCUGGAUAUAAUUAUAAAAGCACAGAAUAAUGUGGCUCGUAUUGUUCUGCGCAAAAGCAAAUUUGACCAUGCUAAAACACUUCUGAGAGAGCUGCAUUGGCUGCUGGUCCGCGCCCACAUAGAGUACAAAAUUGCAACCCUGUGCUACCACUGCUUGCAUGACCUUUCGCGUCCUAUUUCAAAGCCAUCAUGACGCCUUAUUUACACGCUAGAUCACUCCGUUCAUCCGAUAGGGGAAACUCUGGAUACCGUGAGUACGCCUUCAGACCUACGGAAGGUGCACUUUUGCUUUCUCAAGAAUCUGGAACGCCCUUCCUGUCGCUCUCAGAAACAGCCAGACUCUGCAGUCUUUCAAAAUUAAGUUGAAAACACAUCUUUUUCGAACUCACCUGUUGUCGUGAUGUAGUCCUUGUUUCCAGCUUGCUCAUAUUCCUCGAUGUAGAUUUUGUAUUGUUUCUUUUUGUAUUUUAUUUGUGGAAAAAUAUAAAUUGUCAUAUAUGGUUGACUUUGUACUGUGCUUCGAGCCUUAAUUGAAGGGAUGAAGCGUGUUUUUGAAAUGAGCUUUAUUAUUAUUAUUAUUAUUUAUCUCUCCUCACCAGCUUGUUGUGGCUGUCAUUCUGGCCCUGCGUGAGGUCUUGCUCUACUACAAAAGUAUCCGCGGUCCCAGUGACCCCUCCAAAUUUCUGCUCAACAUUCUGGCCCAGGGGGCCAACCUCCUCCACACACUGGCCCAGGGGGACAUCAUGUUUGUGCUGCAUCACUCACCCGCUCAGCUGUUGUAUGUCAGGCUGGUAUCUGAACUGGGCUGCAUACUCAAGGAAAAC